AUGGCCAACUUGAAAAUGUUUUCAGUUCUUCAUAUCAUUCUUUUUGCUCUAUUUACCGAAGUCAUCAGUGCUGCUUCACCCAAGGCCAAGACACUGAACGGAACAUACGUCGGGAAACACAUCUCCAGCUGGAACCAAGAUGCCUUCCUUGGAAUUCCUUACGCUCAGCCACCUAUAGGAGACCUGAGAUUCAAGUGGCCACAGAGCCUGAGUGCUUCCUUUGACGAAGAACGUACAGCAACGGAAUAUGGAGACAGCUGUAUGCAAUACUCUCAGAACUGGACCAUGUCCGAAGACUGUCUUUCGGUAAAUGUUAUCAGACCAGCAGGAAAGCCGAAGAAGCUCCUACCAGUUCUCGUUUGGAUUUAUGGCGGCGGCCUUUAUGCCGGUAGUUCAGCAGAUCCUCAGUAUAACCUCUCUGGUAUAGUGAAAGUCAGUCAAGACAUAAAAGAACCCAUCCUGGCUGUCAGUUUCAACUACAGACUGGGCAUGUGGGGGUUCCUACAGAAUUUCAAUCUUCUCAAAGAAGGGAACGCCAAUGCCGGCCUUUUGGACCAGAGACUAGCUCUUCGCUGGAUUAAGGAGAACAUUGAAGCUUUCGGAGGUGAUCCAGAUCGAGUUGUUGUGUGGGGAGAGAGUGCAGGAGCCCAGUCUAUUGCGUAUCAUAUGUUCAGCUUCGAUGGGGAGGAUGAGAAGUUGUAUCGUGGAGCUAUUCUCGAAAGUGGAGGAAUUACCGGUGCUCAGGUUCAUGAUCUUAGCUACUACACCGUUCCUUUUGAAAAUCUCACAAGGACAGUUGGUUGCUUCAACGCAAAAGAUCAACUGGCGUGUCUUCGCGGACUCGACGAAAAGACCCUUUAUGAAGCACGCCCUUCUUUUGUCUGGAACCCCUUGAUAGACGGCACAUACCUCACAGGAUAUCCAAGCCAACUUAUACGAGAAAAGAAAUUCUCUUCCGUGCCAAGUAUUAUCGGAGCCAAUACUGACGAAGGAUUCUGCGUGGGAGUAGCCAACACGGAACAAGAUCUCUUCUAUGAAGCCUAUAGAUGGAGAAACUAUGCACUCAGCGCGCCGACGAUUCGAAAGUUGCUUGAGCUUUACCCUGACGAUCCUUGCCAUCAGCCACCGUAUCAUAUCACGGAUUGUUCAAGACAAAAGGGCAAUCUUCAAGGCCGAAGAGCAUGUGCUAUCGGCGGAGAUAUCGCCAUGAUAUCUGGACGUCGCAAGCUAGCCGAGCUAUUCACAGAAACUGGCGAUGUUGUGUACAGUUAUCGCUUCGACCAACGAUGGUCCCAGAGAGCGGAAUGGGAUGGCGUCAGACAUUUUGAUAAUGUGGCGUUCAGUUUCCAGAACAUAUCCGGUCUUCUGGGCCCAAGCCCUCAAUACGAUAGUCACGCUGAGCUGGCUAAUAGUAUAGGCCAAGCUUAUGUGAGGUUCGUCAACAAUCUUGAUCCUAAUCCAAAAGGAUCAAAGAAAGGCAGUUUGCCCAAGUGGCCCAAGUAUGAUAUGUCGAAGCCCAAGAACAUGGUUCUUAAUGCUACCAAGAAUUGGGUGGAGGAUGAUACUUGGAGGAAAGAGCAGAUUGAGUUUAUUAACAGCUAUGAGGUUGCGAGAGAGUUGUAUGGUUGA